AUGACUCAGUUUUUUGCAAAAGAGAUUGUCAUCCAAAAUGUCCAUGCUUUCAAUGGCGAAAACUUCACAACGAGAGAUGUCGUUAUCAGAGACGGAAAGAUAGCAGCUGACAGAGAGGCGGACGAUGUCCAGAUCGUUGAUGGACAGGGUCGGUACCUCAUCCCAGGACUCAUCGACGCCCAUGUCCAUCUGCGCGCAGAAGAACAAUUGGAGAAGCUGUCCGCUGCUGGCGUUACCACGGCACUUGACAUGGCCUCAUUUCCCCCAAGCCUGAUUAACUCGUUUCGAGGAAAGACCGGCCUUACAGACAUAAGGAGUGCCGGAGCUCCUGCGACAUCCCCCGGAAGCGGGCACAGUCGGAUGCCAGGAAUUGAGCCUUACUUGAUCUCCAGCCCCUCGGAAGCAUCACGAUGGGUAAGCGACCGCAUCGAGGAGGGCGCAGAUUAUAUCAAGGUCGUCGCAGACAUCCCUGGACCCAACCAGGCAACACUCAACGCAGUCAUCUCAGCUGCACACGAGCAAGGAAAGCUCACGAUUGCUCAUGCGACAAGACAUGAGGCAUUCCGCAUGGCCUUGGAAGCCAAGGCCCGCGUCAUCACACAUGUACCGCUUGACAAGCCUCUCAAUUCAGACAUGGUGGCACAGAUGGUCGAUGGCAAACACGUCUCUGUCCCGACGUUGGCGAUAUGCGAAGCUCUGCCAAAAGCGAGAGGCCCACCUUUGAAUUACGAGCCUGCCCAAUCAUCCUUGAAAGCUCUCUACGAGGCAGGAGUGCCAGUCCUAGCGGGGACAGACUCGAACUCUUCGCCAAUAUGCCCUGUACCUCAUGGCGAGAGCUUGCAUCAUGAGUUGGAACUGCUUGUUGAAGCUGGCCUGUCAACCGUGGACGCUUUGAGAGCUGCCACUUCCCUACCGGCGAAGCAUUUUGGGCUGGUGGAGCGAGGGGAGAUUUCGGAAGGAUUUCGUGCUGAUCUGGUCCUCCUGUCUGCUGACCCUUUGGAGGAUAUCCAAGCCACCAGGAAGAUUGAGCGCAUCUGGAUAAAUGGGAUAGAAUACUCAAAGGGCCAACCACGUUUGCUGUAG